UGGCUCCACUCGCCCACCCUCCGCCCGCAGGGCCAUGGGGGACCUGGGCCUGGGCCAGGAGUUCCACACAUGGCAUCAGUUCAGCAGCUUCUUCGAUGACUGGUGCGAGAAGCACAAGGUGCUAUUCAUCAUCGCCAGCCUCAAGCCGCUGAUCUCGCUGCGCCAGAACCCGCUGCACUACCAGCCCAGCCUGGCCGCCACCCUGCGCUUCCGCUUCGUCCGCCUCAUCUGCAAGCACAGCGGCACCUACGUGGGCCAGAGCACCGUGCAACGCAACCGGCUCAGCGAGAAGAUCGACUGCCCGGCCUCCAUCAC